UAUAGUGCACAGCAGGAGGAGGACAAUAGACUUUUAAUGCAGUUGUGGUAUUUGACGGUGGUUAACUGUCACACUAUGUUCUUAAGAAAUAUCCAGUUGCAUACUAUGCAUCUUUUCUACUGAAUAAAAAAUACAUUUCAGAUAAAUAAAAAUGUAAAAUGAACCUUAUAGUUCCAUUAAUGAGACUAAUACAGUCACAAACAGACUUAGAUUUAUCAUGGGAAACAGAUAAGACACUCAGGAGAGGAAGGAAAUGAAUAGGUCCUCACACACUAACACCAAUAAAACGCAUAUAAGAGCAAAAGAAAUGUGAGAAAGUGAAAGCGAAGUUAGGUCUCACUUAACAUGUUUAAUAAUAAAGUGAAUUUCAUCUGUUAUUAACUUAUUUGGUACUAAGUAGGUGCCAUCUGUUGCAAAAACAGAACAUUUCUGUUUUUAUUUCCUCCUUUCGUGCUUCAUAAUUUUAGAUGGAUUAAAUAAUUAGGAACAGUGCAGCUGCACAAGUGAACAAAAAUGACCUGUGAUGCAAUCUGAUACAUACAAGAAAAGCCACUUCUCCUUCCGUUAAAGGAAAACUGAAAGGUCAUAAUGUUUAUUUUGGGGUCAAAGCAGCUAUCAAUUUAGAUGCAUCAGAAUCAAAGUGUUUUCCACUACCUAUGUUUGUUUUGACCUUGUUAUUGUCGACCUGUGUGGGAAGAUCUUCAAUGGAAACUGCCACUUACUUUCAGAAUGACAUCAGUCCUUUUAGAUGUCUAAACAGGCAGACAUAAAUAGCCGUUACUGCGGCAUAUAACCCCACAUAAAGCAUGUUAGAUAAAUGACUGCUUGAAUCCAAAUUGAAAAGAUAGUGUUUGUGAAAGUGAGAAAGCACGGUGAGGGAGGAGGGGCCAGUAAUGUGAGGUUUUACUCAGCAUUCAGUACACUUACUGUCAGCACACAGUGACCGAGUGAGGAAGGAGAACGGUCUAGUCUUUCUCUGUAUCUCACAGUGCUUGUGUGCGAGAGAAAUACAGUUUCUCAGGGCUUUGGUUUGGACAAGUGAUACUAAGGGAGUGUGGAAGCUGUUUAAGAGUAUAAAUUGAGAAUGCCAAUGUGAACAUCUGCAGGAAUUACUAAGCUACAAUGUCGUCCCAUGUCAAACUGUGGAGGGACAGAGUGGGGACAACGGACUAUGAUACACAGAUUAAAGAGGUGCGUUUGCAGCUGGCAGAGCAGUUGAGGAUAUUUGACGGUCAGGUGGAGCAGAAGACUCAGGUGUUCCAAGAUCUGAUCGAUUAUUUGCGCAGACGAGGCGAGAUUGAGGGGGAGUACGCCCGCUCACUGGACAAACUGUGUGACAGGUUCUCCUCCAGAACCAGGAAGAAAGAACCCAGCCAUCAGUCAGUGAUUAACUGCUGGCAGGUGUUGUUGAUGCAAACACGUCAGGAGAGCAGAGAUCACAGUUUCUUGAGUGACAGCUACAGCAACACUCUGCCUCAGCAGCUUUCACACUAUGUUGAACAUGCCCAACGCCUGGCCAAACGGAGCAGAGACAUUUGCACCCAGUUACAGGAUGGACUUUUGAAGGUCACCGCAGAACUUCAUACAGCCUUGAAGACAUAUUACCAGUACUACACCGAGUUCCUGUCUGCAGAAAGCAAACUAAAGGAGGCAGUCAGACUGGAGGAAAAGCAGAAGCAAAGUGCUUCUAAAAAGAUGGAAAGACAAAUAGAGAAAAGGCAAAGUAAAGUUCAGGAGAUUCAGCUAAAGUGCACAAAAGCACGCAAUGACUACCUCCUCAACUUGGCUGCAGCAAAUGCUUGCAUGAACAAAUACUACCUUCAGGAUCUCUCCACUCUCAUAGAUUGCUGUGAUCUGGGUUACCACCAGUCCAUAUCCAAGGUGUUUCAAUUUUACCUGGCCAGCCGCCAAUGGGCCCAGCAGAACUUGAGCACUGGGAUGCAGCAGCUGGACACAACUGUAUCAGAACUGAACCAGAACCAGGACAGAGACACUCUCAUGCAAGCCAACAUCUCUGCCUUUUGCCUGCCCCUCCGCUUUCAGUACCAACCCUACGAAGGCGACCAGGCGGUUGAGGUGUCGGCAAAGUGUGAGAUGAUGGGCGAGCUGGUGACUCGCUUCCAGCAGCUGCAGUCCAGGCUGUGUUCAGUCACCACGGAUGUUGAGGAGUCUGGCAAAUUACUUCAGUCAGCUCAGUCUUCCAUGUUGGAUGGUAUUUUAGAGGACACCUUUGGAUCUACCCUAGACUUUCCUAGUUGCUCAUCAUCACCAGAUGGGAACAGUGAUAUAUCAGUCAGUAAGACCCAUCAGCUGAAACGUAGAGCCAGCCUUCCGGACACUGAGUCUUUGUACUUCUCGAAAGUCAGGGACCAUCUAUGUAACAGCUCUUUAAUAUCAAAACUGGAGGCCAAACAUGACCUGCUAAAGGUUGCCAUUCAGAAAGCUGAAAGUGUUGCCAGUAACCAUUCCAGAACACGCUCCAAAAGAUCUGUGCGUCACAAAAAGAGUUACCCUGGUACCCAGAUCAGCCAGAAGCUUUUCAAUGGGGAUCUACUAUCAUACAUCCAAGCAUCGGGACAGCUCAUUCCUGCAGUGGUGGAGAGCUGCAUUCGGUUCAUCAACCUCAAUGGUUUACAUCAUGAGGGAUUGUUCAGAGUGCCGGGAUCUCAGAUGAUGGUGAAUCAGCUGAAGGAUGUGUUUGAGAAAGGCGAUGACCCACUCACUGAUGGGGAUUGUGACAUGGACUCUGUGGCUGGAGUGCUGAAACUUUAUUUUAGAGGACUAGUGAAACCCCUGUUUCCUGAGGACAGUUAUGAGCAGCUGAUGGAAUGUGGGCAAAUAGAUGAUGAGACAAAAAAGGUAUCACAGCUGAAGUGCGUCAUCUCCUCAUAUCCUACCUCGCUCAUCAUUGUAAUGAGAUAUGUAUUUGCAUUCCUUCACCAUGUCUCCCAGUACAGUGACGAGAAUAUGAUGCAGCCCUAUAACCUGGCGGUGUGCUUUGGUCCCAGUCUGGUGAGGGGGCCAAACAACGGCGAUGCAGCAGAGCUUCAGCGUAUCAACUCACUGGUCAAGAGCAUCAUUAUCCAACACGAGAACAUCUUCCCUAGCCAGAAUGAAUUGCCUGGGCCGGUGUAUGAAAAGUGCAUGACAUUAGAAGAAGACGACUGUGAGGCUGUAGCAGAGGAAGGAGAUGGAGAAUCAGAGCAAUCGCAAAUGAAAGAAGCAAAAGAUGAGCUGCAGGGACUAGCCUUGUUCGACUACACAGGUCGUUCUUCAACUGAGCUGUCCUUUAAACAAGGAGACCGUCUCAUCCUACGCAGCAAAGCCUCCUCUGAUUGGUGGAGAGGGGAGGUGAAUGGGACAAAGGGUCUCAUCCCAAAUAAAUAUAUCAGUGUGUCGUGCAUGGAUGGAGGCCAAGAUCAGAAGGGGAAGGAAACUUUGAAAUCCAGCAGUGGCAGACAGCAGUCAGAGGAAGAGCAGAAAGCAGAGCAAAGUACACGGCUCAAGGUCACAAGUGACAAAGCGGGAGUCGUGACAAGUCAUGUCACUUCUGGAAAGGUUUCGUUACAGAUACCCACAGGACAAUAUGCACAGCCAGGAAAUUCUCCAGGAGCUCUGCGGAAAACAUUAGACCCUCAAAUGAGACGAUCCACUGCCGACGGAGGAAGCACAGAGGAAUACUCAGCAGAAGUGGAUAAGGAUGUGCAUCACAUGAUGCACUCAGUGUUUAAAGAGCUCCUCAUUCGCCAAUCUUCCCCAGAUCAAAACACAUCUACAUCCUCAGAGAUCACCUCCUCUGUGCAAACGCCUCCAAACAAAGGACCAGGAUGGAAAGGAAAGGGUUUAUUUAGAUCAGCUGACCAUACAGACUGAAAAUAGAGAACAAGGGGAAAACUGUGUAAACAAAGUCAGAAACACAAGAAAAUGUAGGUGAAACAUCAGUUUGAGUGAGAGCUCAAUCUCUGUUUAUGGUAUUUUUUGUACAGUUUAAAUAGGUGGGUUUACGAGGCACUUUUAAUUCAAUAUUUGAAUUUUUUCGAUUUAAAUGUGUUGUGACAGUAAUAGUACAUUAAGUUGCCAUUUUCAUUUUCUUGUUAACACACUUUGUCUUUGUUGUAACAAGCAACUGUUUUUGUUGUUGUUGUUGUUUGUUUUUAUUUAUAAUGUGAAAACUUUGUAAGAAAUUUAAAACACCACACCUCCAACCUAAAAGAUAUAACAGUCCUGAGAUAUCGUUACAAUCUCUUUAAACCAUAAAACAAAAAAAGUGUCCAGAAGUGUAUAAAACACGUGAACAACCUUGUAGCAACUUUAAGCUGCUACCCACAACCAGAGCUACUUUUCUUUGUGUAUGGACAUAACUUCAUACGAACAUGCGAAUGUGGUAUUUACACAUCUCCUGCGAAAUCCGUCCCGACAACUCUAAAAUAUAAAUCAUUAUUAUAGCUUUCUGAAAGUGGAUUUGGGUGAUGUAAAUUCAUGGUUUUAAAUUUGGAUUUUUCUUUCUUUUUUUUUCUUUUUUUUGCACUCUCCCAUUGAUAACAUUUUGUUGUUUUUAUAUAAAAAUGUACAUUAUUACAGCCUGUUAAGACUUUAUUGAUGCGCUUCCUGUAUGUGAAUCAUUUUGCGCUACCACAGUGCCCAGUGUUAAUAUUAAAACAUGAUAGAUAAAUUUGAAGCGAUUUGUAAGCAUUUUGCUAAAAGCUCAACAAAUGUUUACUUACACAGCCAUGUAGACUCGAAAAACUUAAAAAAAAAAAUAAAAUAAAAAUUAAAAAAACUGACAGGAACAAAAGAGAACUUCAGAACCGCCAGUCGUUCAAAACAUGGUCUACAGCGCCUUUACGUGGUAGGUCAUAUACAACGUGGUCGAAUUGUAAAAAAAAUUCAGGGGUGAUCGUGUGGUCGGGGAUGGGGGGGUUCUUGUGGCUAAUUUUACACGAUUACAAAAUUGGUCUCAUUUUUAAAAAGGUUUCUAUUUAAUGAAAAAAUAUCCUUAUUAAAUGAACUAUUAUUUAAGUUUUAUUUUAUAGGGGGGUUUUUCCCUUCUGGGGCCUGAAAUAGAGGAAUUUUGGUAUUAUUGAUAAUUAAACAAUAUUUUGCUGAAUGUGUUUUUGUGCUGGCACCUUGGCUGGUUUAGGUCUGUCAUGGAUUAAUAAAUAUGACAAUAAAACCGCCAGUAGGUGGCAGCAAGUCCCUGUUUUAAUAAAUGACUUACCCAGCAAACACAAAAACGUUGUAAAAACGUUUUUUUUUUAACAUUGUGAAAAGGUUGUGAUAACGUUUUCCCCCCGACGUAUUUAAUACGACAGAUGUCGGGUUUUUUUUACGUUUUAAAUACGUAAUUUCACAACGUUGCGAAAACGUUUUUUAACGUUGUUUUAACGUUACUAGGCACGUUCUAAAAACGUAAAUACCACGUCAUUUGUGGUACUUUCUGGACGUUGGCUAGGCUUUUAGCAUAUUUACUGGAUAUUUAACGUGCCUAUAGGCAAUAUAAAUUUUUUUAGAAACGAAUAAAAAGAACAUCCCAGCAAUCACAAAAAACUUUAGACUAUACUUAAUUUAGUACAGUUUAGUACAGUUCUAUCUGAGACCCGUUAAAACACUGAAACAUCAUUCAACAAAAAGUUAUCAGUUGAUCGAUUUAUUAAAACACAGUACACAUAUUUGUUCAAACAUCGUAAAGAAUCUGUUGAUUUACUUAACGUAUUAAUUACAACAUCAGUGGAUUGAUUGGUUUAUUAAUGCAACACAAUAUCAUACACACAUCUGUUAUGAUAAAAUCACAUAAAUAAUAUGAACAAAAAACAUUGAUUAAUCAUUUAAGACAGAGAUUAUUUUGAGACAGAAUAUUUUAAGGAAUUGAAAGAAUUAUAUACGAUACAAAGAUUAUAAUACAAAGUUAUAUUUAAAUAAAAACAAGAUGGCGAAAAGAGAAUUCAGUCACUAUCAGAGUCGAAGAGGCAGGGAGACUGAAAUUCAAAUCAUUGCAAUAAAAUCAGCUGUUUGCAUCUACCAGUUGUCUCAGUUCAUCACCUCAGUGAAACAAUUAAUUUGUGAAACAAUGUGAAAGUGUAUCUGUCCAAUUUGCGUCUGUUAAAGAAGAAUAAAAAAUGUUUGUCAUGGUUAUUAUCGACUGUUGUGGUAAAUAGUCUUGCUAGAUUAAAGCAGGUCCCAAAAGUAUUUGGUCUCAUUCACUAAGGACUAAUUUGUGCAUGAAAUGAAACGAACAAACGUUCUCCUAAAAUCUCCUUCUAAAAUUAUAUUCAAAAUUUAUGAAAAUAACUAUAAAAACAACUGAAACAUGUAGGCCUACGAGAAAAAAAAAAAAAAAACACUCAGUGCAGUCUUAAAUUAAUAUUUAAUCUCAACACGACUUACAUAUUCAUCACAUUAUAUAAUUUAGGGGUUAAACGGAUCGCAGUUUUGAUCCGUGAUCGACAACAGUUGUGAUCCCACAGUUCGGCACACGGAUUACUUGCAAAAUGUAACCGUUACAGAGUUAAAGUUUAUCAUGUUUAACCAUGCCUGUAUAGCGAGCUAUGAUGUCACCGAGGUCCGGACCUAGGUAGUUUUUUUCAUGUUCAAAAAUUUAAAUUGUUCACUGAAUGGCUGUUUAAAACUAUUUACGUAUUUUGGUUGCAAUUAGCUAUGUUGCAAUACUACGUUUUAAAAACGUUUUUUUAAAUACUUUAAAAUAACGUAACCAAAAUAAAACGUUUUAAAAACGUUGUACAAAUACCAACCUGGAAUGUUCUCUUUAAGUAGUAAAAAAAACGUAAAUAUCACGUUUGUCUACGACCAAAAAGAAACCAGACCAAACUGCAACUUUUGAAAGAUGCUGUAUUCAGGUAUUAAAAUAACGUAAUCUGCACGUUGGAAAGAAACGUUAAAAAAACGUAAAAACAGUACCAAAAUACAACCAGGCCAAAUGUUUGUGUUUGUGUGUGUGGAAAUGGGAAAAUAUUGUGAUCAGUAGGCUACAACUGUCCAUGAGCGCCGAUUUAUGUCAAACAAAAUGCACAGAAAUUAAGAUUCUUCCAGAAAUUAGCAAAAUUGUGUAUAUUUUCUUUACCUACAAAACAUUAACAUUUGGAAAUAAAUGUUUAAAAAAAAAAAACUCCUCAUAUGAAUGUCUGCAUGUGUAAUUAGAGUGUUUGCAAGCUUGUUUAGCACCCGUGGUAUGAAAAUGACCGCUGCGAGAUGCUGCGUGAAUUGUGAGUGAGGGCGCGGGCACAGCCAAUUCAGCACCACAGCCAUGGACAGCACCUGGUAAUAUCGCACGUAAGAAAUAGGCUUGCUGCGAUAGACGGUGUUGGCGGUGAUAAGCUGCAACACCGGUUACGUCAGUUGAACACCGCGGCACCGUCGUUUUGAUUUUUUUUUUUAUAGUAAUAAAAAU